GAACAAGUUCACUUUGUGCAUGUGGUAUCGCACAUCCAGACUUUCUGUCGCCCUAAUUCUUUAUACAACCAGCGCCCUCAAUGAUGCUUUUUCAAUCUACACAGGGUCAAAUGCACGAAUCAAUAUAAAUAUAAAUAGAUAUAAAAACACGGUGGACUCGUUGUAUCUCGGUGAUAACGUUUGGUGCCAUCUUUGCUUGACGUGGAGAAGUUCUGAUGGCUCCACACAAGCCUAUAUCAAUGGCGUUCUUACAGGCACACGGACUUUAAGUCAAGGCACCGAUAUUCCAGGAGGCGGGGAACUCGCGAUUGGAAAAAGACUCGAUAGCGAUGGAAAAACUAUCCAAACCCAUGAAUUCAGAGGUGAUCUUACAAGGUUUAACCUUUGGAAUCGAGUCCUUCCCGGUGAGAUCAUCGAUUGGAUGUCCCUGGGGCCUGGGGCUGAGAGUGGUUGGUGACGUAAUUGCGUGGCCAAAUAUGAGAGAAGCUGCUACGGGGCAAGUAAAGGUUUGGGAGAAGCCUGAGAUAGCCAUGAAUGCCAGGGAUAACGACUUCGAGCUCGAUUUCAUCGGUCCAGCAUCCAUUUUAGACUACGUGAAGUUUACCACUAACGACAGUAAAAUCCUAGCACUUACAAUUUUUCUAUGGGUUAAAACCGAGAGCACAGUGGAUCAGCUCGCCCUAAUGUCGUAUGCAACCGACACAGAGCCGAACUCCCUGUUAUUGAUACACGAAAGGAGCUCAUCAAUCUUGAAGUUUAGUCUUAUGGGGAAGGAUUACAACUUUGACGCUGUGGCCUUUCUUCGUGAUGGUAACUGGCACUCAAUUGGCGCUUCGUGGGAAAGCUCCUCUGGUAGAUUAAAAGCUUUCGUUGACGGAAACCAAAUAAAAGACCAGGACGCUUUCCAGCUUGGAAAGGAGAUCCCUGGCCAGGGCCUUUUGAUCCUGGGGCAGGAACAAGACAGCUAUGGUGGUGGAUUUCAUGCCACUCAAGUGUUCACUGGCUGCAUAUCGCAUGUGGAUAUCUGGAAAAGCGUACUAGAACCGGAAAUCAUCCAAUCCAUGAGUAGGGGGUGCGGUGCGUGGUCCGGUAGCGUCAUCAGCUGGAGGGCUAUUAGAAAUGCGCCAAGGUUCGGUAACAUUCAACUCAGGGAACAUUCCGCUUGUACCAUACCAGGCUUUACAGCUCAGAUGAAGCGUGACGCAAAAUGCAAUGAGGAGUUUGGAGGAAAUAAAGAUUGCAAAUCUCCCCUGUACGCAAUUUUUGAUAAACACGCGUCACACUACGGGAAGAUGUGGAGGUGCUACAACGAGAAUGCUCUUAAAAACAGUGCCUACUAUUAUGGAAAAGAAUAUGAUGGUAUUUCUACCUGUUACUAUACCCGGCAUGUAAUGCUGAGCAAUAUAAUAGACUGACCCCGGGGUCACUAUAUCCAUCGGACGGGGAUCAUCGUCGUAUCUUUCAGGGUGUAAAUUUGAAGACUUGGGUAUCUUUCAGGGGUAAAAAUGAGGAUGCCCAGAUUUUUUUUUUUUUACCUUGUUAUCUUUUAGGGUGCUAUUAAAGCCAUCGCUCAUCCAACUUGUAGCCCAUGAAAGAGCGUUAAAACGUGUCAAUCGGUGUUUUUAGAUCACUAACCAGCGAAAAAAUCACACACGUUUGUUUGAGGCGUCUUUUAGGGGGUAAAAUCAUGCCCACGCCCACUUUAGUAUCUUUUAGGAUUGUUUUAAAAAAAUCCCGACGAUGAUCCCCCUGUCUAGGAGUCAGUUCGUGUUAUCCGAGUAGGUGACUUUAAGUCGUCUUUGGUAAACGGGAGUGUUGUUACUAAGACGGCCUGAGUCAGCGGAGAGUUCGUGUUAUUAUAGUAGAGAAAAGCGCUAGAUAUUUGAAUACUUUGUAUAUAGUCGGCCUGGGUUAGUGGUGAGAUCGAGUUAUUUGUAGAGAUGACUAAGCACUAGACAGUUGAAAUUUCUGUACAUCCCCUCUCAUUGUCAAUAUCAAAACUUUGUAGACCCCCCAGGAGCAAAACUUUGUAGACCCCCCAGGAGAAAUCCAAAAAACUUGUUUGACACCCCCUCUUCUAUUUCCACAAAACUACAUUUAUAAUACGAAAUAUAGAUACAUAUAAACAAAUCAUGCAAUAAAAAACAACCAAGAAAUAAUAUUUCUUAUUGUAAAUAAGUCAAAUGUGUCUUUGUGGUGCUAUGAAAUAGUAAAAAUAUAUACACAUAUCUAUGUUUGCAUGCCAUAUCACUUGUCCAUAUUACGCAUGACAAUUUUAUUCAUGGGACUGUCCUAAUAAAAGGUAAAAUCGUCCUG